GCAACGCGGCCACAUUCAGCAUCCAGCGCAACAUCCCCGGUAGCUUUCAUCAGACUUUCCGCGCUUCUGCGUUUUGGGAGACGCUUUUGUUGUGACUCUGAUUUUCUUUUCUUUUUUGUAAAGAAAUGGCUUUGAGAGGACCCCUGUUUCGUCUUCUCAGGACUCAGCUGUCUCAGCACACCUGCCAACAAAGCAGAGCUCACUCCGUGGCUGUCCUAGGCGCUCCAUUUUCCAAGGGACAGAAAAGAAGAGGCGUGGAGCAUGGACCUAAAGUCAUCAGAGAUGCGGGGCUGAUCGAGAGGCUCUCAAAUUUAGACUACCCUGUCCAUGACUUCGGCGACCUCAGCUUCCCCCGCCUGGAGAAGGAUGAACCCUUCAUGCAUGUGCCUUUCCCUCGCACAGUCGGGACAGCCAACAAGCUGCUGUCGGGCGCUGUGAGCAGCGCUGUCGGUGCGGGACACACCCUUGUCAUGCUUGGGGGAGAUCACAGCCUGGCUAUUGGAUCAGUGGCGGGCCAUGCCCAGCAGUGUCCCGACCUGUGUCUUAUCUGGGUGGAUGCUCAUGCAGAUGUGAAUACACCCCUGACUUCGCCCUCAGGGAACCUCCACGGUCAGUCGGUGGCAUUCAUGCUCAAGGAGCUGCAAGACAAGAUGCCAGAUAUCCCAGGGUUCUCCUGGAUGAAGCCAUUCCUCUCCUCCCGGGACCUGGUGUACAUCGGGCUGCGGGAUGUUGACCCCGGCGAGCUCUGCAUCCUGAAGAACCUGGGGAUCCAGUACUUCUCCAUGAGGGAUAUUGACCGACUUGGCAUCCAACGGGUCAUGGAAGUCACUCUUGACCAUCUGCUGGCAAGAAAACAGCGACCGAUCCACCUGAGCUUUGACAUCGAUGCGUUCGACCCGUCUCUGGCUCCGGCCACAGGAACGCCAGUGAACGGAGGUCUGACCUACAGGGAGGGAAUCUACAUCCCAGAGGAAAUCCAUAACACAGGGCUGCUGUCUGCUAUGGACCUGGUGGAGGUAAACCCCGUCCUGGGGGCCAGCCGCGAGGCCGUGGAGGCCACCGCCGCUCUAGCAGUGGACGUCAUCGCGUCGUCCCUGGGCCAGACGAGACUGGGAGCACACGCGACCCUCGAGGAGAUUCCCUCUGCCAAGGACACAGAGCAGCUCCGCCUCUGAGAGCUCCACACACACACACACACACACACACACACUACGGACUUUCUCAUCCCUGAGCAUUCCGCAGUUUUGAACGCAAGACUGCAAAGACUUAAUCUAAUAGUAGCUGGUGUUGUCAGGUUUUUAUUCUCAUCUCUGUGCUGUGUAGUAGUAGCGUAACAACUUAGCUGUCUGAAUACAUAAAACCUGCUGAAGGGCUUUACAGAUGUGCGGUAAGAAGGCUCCAUUGCUGAGACAAAACUACUACUUUUGACAUAAUUUUGAAAGCUGUGUCAAAUUAAGUAUUGAUGGGGAUACUAUUGAUCUAUGAAAGCAAUACUAAGUUAUUUUAAUCUGUUAUAUAUAUAUAUUUAUGUCUGUCAUGACAUCAGUGUUAGAAAGGCAUCGAUGCCGCACAUUACCCGCCUCAAAGGUAACAGAGCUGUAAGAGAGAGCUGAAUUUGAAAAAAAAAAAAAAAAAAGUGUCCACAGUCCUGCUUGGACAAGAAUCUCACCCCUGUACGUGGCUGUGCCAGUUGAACUGUAGAAAUCACGUGUUUGCACUUUUGGACCAGCUGUGGUUACUGUAUUUUCUCUAGACUUUUGUAUUUCGACAAGGAACCUAUGUGUAUGUAUUUGCUAAUUAUAUAUGAUUAUUUACUGACUACAUCAGUAUGAAUUGGAUUGAAAAGUGUUUAUAUGCAGCGUAUUUAUGAUGGGUUGGCCUGUUGUACGAUGACUAAUUGAGAUGCUGGCAGGGAAAAAAAUAACUCGUGGACGGUAAUGCUUGUGUGAAUCUUUACAUUGGCCUUUGAUGUGACCACUGAAUGACUAAUUUCCUUGAAAUAAAGAGUUGAUAUUUUGGUCUUCCGCAAA